CGCUGGAUUUGCUGAUUGACGACGUUAUUCCACUUAAGUUCUUCAGUGUGGCCGUGCAGAGAUUUUCGAGUCGGAGGAUGCUCCCACAGGUCAUCCGGAUCCUUUACGUCUUGUCGUUCUGUUUUUUCCAGGGAGGCUUUAUCAGGCUGAGCUCCUGUAAGGAGGAGAUAAAGCCCCCCGGCAGGGCACCGCAGCUGUCGCCUUCCGACUUCCUAGACAAGCUCAUGGGAAGAACGUCGGGAUACGAUGCCCGCAUUAGACCUAACUUCAAAGGAAAACCUGGGGCCGUCUGUAAGACAGUUGAAGCUAAAAAGAGGAUGGAUGCUGCAACAAGACGAUGAUUCAAAACACAGAAGCCCACCUGUGAAUGUCACCUGCAAUAUUUUUAUCAACAGCUUUGGCUCCAUCACGGAAACCACCAUGGACUACAGGCUUAAUGUGUUCCUGCGCCAGAAAUGGAAUGACCCCCGUCUUGCGUACAGCGAAUACCCGGAUGACUCGCUGGAUCUUGAUCCAUCAAUGCUGGACUCUAUCUGGAAGCCGGAUUUAUUUUUUGCCAAUGAAAAAGGCGCUAACUUCCAUGAGGUCACCACCGACAACAAGCUGCUGAGGAUUUUCCAAGAUGGCAGCGUUCUGUACAGCAUCAGGCUGACUCUCAUCCUGUCGUGCCCGAUGGACUUGAAGAAUUUCCCAAUGGACAUUCAGACAUGCACCAUGCAGCUUGAGAGCUUUGGCUACACCAUGAACGACCUGAUCUUUGAGUGGCUCUCUGAAAAUCCGGUCCAAGUAGCCGACGACCUCACUUUGCCCCAGUUUGUGCUUAAAGAUGAGAUGGAUUUGGGAUACUGCACUAAGUAUUACAACACGGGUAAAUUCACCUGCAUCGAGGUAAAGUUCCACCUGGAGCGUCAGAUGGGCUACUAUUUGAUCCAGAUGUACAUCCCUUCGCUCCUCAUCGUCAUCCUCUCGUGGGUGUCCUUUUGGAUUAACAUGGAUGCUGCACCUGCCAGGGUGGGCCUUGGUAUUACCACAGUGCUGACCAUGACCACUCAGAGCUCUGGCUCACGGGCCUCCUUGCCAAAGGUGUCCUAUGUAAAGGCCAUUGACAUCUGGAUGGCAGUGUGCCUUCUGUUUGUGUUCGCUGCACUGCUGGAGUAUGCGGCGGUCAACUUUGUCUCCAGGCAGCACAAAGAGUUCAUCAGGCUGAGGAAAAAGCAACGGCAGCAAAGAAUUGAACUCGCCUGUCGGAAUGGGAGUGUCGAGUCAUUGCGGAACGUGAACGUCAUUCCCGCUAGUGAUACCACCUGCAGGAAUGUGACUGAUCACUGCAACGCCUGUAUCAGGGACGAAGAGAUGAUGCGGGAAAGCCGUGGAUUCUAUUUCCGUGGUUACGGAUUGGGCCACUGCCUACAAUCCAAAGAUGGCACGGCCGUGGAGGGUGCCACAGUCUAUGGCCCGCCGCCUCCCGUCACGGUUCACGAUGGAGAGUUUUUCCACAAGCGCUUCGUGGACCGGGCCAAGCGCAUCGACACCAUCUCCAGAGCUGUCUUCCCACUGAGCUUUCUCAUAUUCAACAUCUUCUACUGGGUUACUUACAAAGUGCUGCGACACGAGGAUAUCCAUGCCAAUUUGUAAAAGGCGUCCAGUCCACCUUUCUAUGGAUAUUGCCAGGGGUGGCCUCCAUUGCAUCAAGGAGAAAGACUCUUGGAAAUAGAAAUAAACACUUGCUGAGCUGGGAGCAUCUCCAGGUUCUCAAGAGCAUUCGAAGGCCAAAAAAAAAGUUGAACUUAGUAAAUUCAGGAUGGAGCUAUUGCCUCCAGUUGGAUUGCAAUGGGGCUUCCUUGACGAUGAUGUCAUGGACUGAGGACUGAUUAGACUUGAAUUUCAACACUUUGCGUCUAUGAAUGUUUUCCAAAAUUCUAACCGUUCAAAGGUGGCUUUUUCUACACUUUUAGGUAAACAGGCAAGCGUGUCUGAUAAAGUUCUUUGAUAUUUAAAAAUAUUCAGUUAGUGUUGACUUUAGCUACUUGUAAUGAGAUUAUAUAUGACAGUGUAUAAAUUGUAUCAUAAUUAAAAAUAAAUAAAUAAAUAAAAGCCGGUGACAAAACCGCACAAAGCACAAAUAGGUUUUCAUUUUUAGGUUGAAAUGAGAUGUUCUGGAGAUUUUUUCUCUGCCAAAAAUGGAUCAUUUGAUUCCCUUUUAAUUGAAUGAUUAAUAUUUGCACCAUACUUGGGAUGAUUUCACUUACAUUAUCAGGGGUGAACACACAGAUAUUCAUGGCUGGGCAUUUAGAAAAUCAUAUAUUUGGGGUUUGCUUAAAAUUUCACCUAUUCGCUGUUUUUGUGCUCCGGCCAAAGAAAUAAAAGUACUUUGUGGCAUAUUGAUACCAAGCAUUAAUGUGUGUUUAAGGGCUUCAUUUGGACUGAAAUAGUAUGCCAUCAUCUUGUGGUAUUUUAAUACCAAAGUAAUCCACAUUGACAAGAUUUAGGUUCCGCCUCAACUUGCCAAUGU